GCGGCUCAUCUUUUGACUUGGAAAUCAGCGCUUUUUGCGCAGCCGCAGUGGUCCCAGGCGUGAAACGCGAAGGUGACCUCCUCUCCCGCGCUUGUUACCGGCUCCUCGCGCGCUCUUCUGGUUGUUCCUUCAGGCAUGGACAACUUUGAUAAUUUCAGUGCUUCGGAGAAAGCGGAAGCGACGGAGCUCCAGAGGCUGAUCGCUGCAGAGCAGCAGAAAGCUCAGUUCCAGGCUCAGGUGCACAGUUUCACCGACGUCUGCUGGGACAAGUGUGUGGACACUCCAGGCUCCAAGCUGGACCACCGGACCGAGACGUGCCUGGUGAGCUGCGUGGAGAGAUUCAUCGACACCACCCUGACCAUCACCAACCGCUUCACACAGAUGGUGCAGAAGGGAGCACAUUGAUGAUGGACUUUCAUGGGACUUUCAGUUUUUUGUUUUUCUACCAGGUUGACUGAGAUGACAUGAAGAGGACUGUGUGAUCUUUAGCUGGUGGUGUUUGGGGGGUGGUAACCAUGGAAACGCCCCAUGGUUCUGGAUGUGAAUGUGAAAGUCCUGUAAGGGGAUUUUAUUAAACCGCCAUGUGUAGCCUG